ACACAUUUGCUCUUGAACCACAAUUACGAGCAAUUCUCGAAAGAAAUCAAAUUGUAUUUUCAAAAUUUAAUGAUGGGUCCAUCUCGGAUAUAACUGAUGGACAAUUUUAUAAAAAAUUACUUCGAAAAGAAUCAGAACCAUUCAUUACAUUGUUAAUGAAUUCCGAUGGUGGUUUAGUUAAAGCAAUUUCUACGUCAAUAUGGUGUACAACCUUUGUGGUUAAUGAACUACCCAGAGUAAUAAGAUUUCUUCCAGAAAACACGAUAAUCGGAAUGAUUUCCACAGGAGCUACAAAACCAAAAAAAGAUGCAAUGUCAUCGAUUAUGGAAGAUCUUGUAAAAGAACUUCAUAGAUUGGAAGAAGGAAUUUCUGUCCUUCUUACAUCAGAUGAUUCGAAUAAUUUAGAACAACUUAUCCGAAUAUUUUUAAUUGGUUGUGUCUGCGAUAAACCAGCAACGUCACUUGUACUUAACCAUGUCGAAUGUACCGGUUUUUUUGGAUGCAUUUAUUGUACUAUGAGAGGUAAAUCGAUAGAAGUACGAAAUACAAUUAUUCGUUCAUUUGUGUAUGAUCCAAAUGAAAAAGUCAUAUUACGAUCGAACAAAACCUAUGAUGAUGCUAUUGAAUUUAUUAAUAAUGAUUACAAAUUAACUAAUUCAACUAAGAUUUCAAAAGCAGCAGCAAAAGAAUAUUUACAAGGUGUUAAAGGACCAUGUCUUUUACGACAAUUAAAAUAUUUCAAUAUUUACACUUCGUUUCUUUGUGAUACACUUCAUAAUCUGUAUUUAGGAGCUAUGGGAAAAAUGUUGAAAUUAUUCUUAUCGAAACGAUCUAUUAUCGAAGGUAUAUCAGCUGCUAUGACCUCAUUUGCUCGAACAAUACAUGGUGGAUUUGCACCACUACGUGAAUUGAUUAAAAAUAUCGACUUAUGUCGUCAAUCAUCAAUUCAUGUUUCUUCCACAUCAUUUUCAACAAUAGCAAAAGAAUAUGUCAGUGGAAUGUUUUCUUCACGUCAAAUUAUUUUUAAACAUGAAGAUGCUUUACCUAAUAUAAAGCUACAUCAAAAAAUCACACCACCACCAUCUAAUUUCUUUCAGAAAUUUCCAAAUUCAUCGUCAUCUAAUGUUUUAUUUUAUAAAACAUUAUUUCUUGAUCGUUUAAGAUUUAGUGCUGAUGAUUUUACAGUACCUCGACAUUCUAAUGAUGCUUGUAUUUUGUAUCAAACAAAAAAGAAUUACAAUUCCAUCGGAUUCAUAUUAUUUAUCAUUCAUUUCAUUGAUAAAAAUGAAAUCUAUCUAUUCUUAAACAAAGUAAAGCUUAUAUCAACAGCUGACACUGUCGACAUCCAAGGAAGAAAUUUUAGAUGUAAUAAUAUAUUAAAAGGUGUAGUUGUACCUGAUUCUACGACUAUCAUUCAACCAUCUCAAAUUUUGCAAAAACUUGCUUUUCGACCGAUAUCCAAUGAUGAUCCAACAGCAUCAAAAGCUUUCGUUUUUUGCCGAUAUCCGAAUUUAAGAGAAUGUUCUUGA